GCUUUGCUUCCUGUGUCGUCAGCGGAAGUUCCUGUGGCUCUUGGCGGUGGAACGCAGAAGUGAAGUGGUUUGGUUACGUUUCCUGCCUCAGUAGAGGCGGCGUCAUAGUUGUCGCAGGCCAAUUGGCCUUUUGGCUUUCUGGCCAUGGUGGGACUGAAUGGCCGGGAGAAGGCGGGAUGUCGGCAGCUGCUGGGAGAGAUGGAGAUCUCCGACCUCAUGUCCCUGGCAGAGACCGUCACUAAUCGAAUGAUCCGAGUGUUGAGCAGGGAAGCGGUUGAUGCGAUAUUAACGUACAGCGAGACUGCGGCUGAACUUCUGAGACGCAAGAAGGUUUACCGUGAUCUCAUAUUUAAGUACCUGGCCUCCAAGAAAAUACCCGUGUCCCCUUCUAGUGAUAAAAAUCAGCUCAUCCAGCACACCCUGGAGUUCUGGAGAGAAACUGCUAUAGAGAGUGUUCCCCCAGCACCCGAGAGUAGUAACGUAAAUGAACAAAACUCACAGGAGAAGAGCAAUUCCACCUCACAUCGCGCUUCACUGGACUGUCAAAUGCUUGGGGAACAUUUCUGCAGGUGGUUUUAUGAACUCUUAAACUCACAGAAUCCAGUACUUGGCCUUGAAAAGGGUGAUUGGGGACCUCAGCACUUCUGGGAGAAUGCCAUGCUUAAAUUUGCCUAUAGUACAACACAAGACAAUACAGAAGAGCACAAUGGGGCCCAGAUGACAAGCUUGCGCCUACUCGCACUCACUCGGGAGGAGAGACUGCUGUUCAACCCAAACAUUGAUACUGGGGGCUUGAAAUGUGUCACUUCUCCACAUGGUUUGGUGGUUGUAGCAGUGGCUGGUACAAUCCACAGGGACAAUCAAUGUUUGGGCAUAUUUGAACAGCUCUUUGGACUAAUCCGCUGCCCGGUUACUGACAGCUGGAAGAUCAAAAAUGUUAAUCUGAAAAUCUUGGGACAGAGCGCUGUGGGCUCAGUGCCGAGACCAUCUAUUCAGUAUAAAACUAGCGAUUUAGAAAACUUUUAUAACUAACGGUUGCUUUCUUGGCCUUCUUAAUAUAGCAAAAAUAUUUAAUAUUGCCAGUCCAAAGAUGAUCUACAUCAGGACAGAGAUGCCGAAUCUUGUAAUAUAUCAUUUCUUCUGUGACUACAGCUUCAUUAAAGAUAGCCUAUUUUUUUAA